UUGCACUGGCUGUGAUGACGCAUGGGGCAGAUUUAUUCCCACACAGAAAUGAUUAUUGAUGCAUUUAUCCAAGAAGGCGUCUAAUUAUUAAAUCCUGGUAAUCACAUUAAGCUGCUUCCCUCCUACACGCCUUGCCUUUUCGCCCCCUCCCUCUGCAGAUGUUUCCUCUCUGAGCACCUUAUCGGGACUAUUUACCUUUGCGGCUGUCUGCAUCACACAGCCUCACCGGCCGCUUUCAUUCUGCUGAUCCCAGCACCUUUUGGUUAAUAAGGGGAAGCACCAGCAACCUCCUUCAUAUCGGUUCCCUCCUCCCUCCCUUUUUUGUUGCCAAUCGCCAUCCCACGACAGCCUACCCGGAGGAAAGGAAAGGGAGUCAGGGAGGGGAAAGCGAGGACACACCCGCAUAUACUGUACCCGGUGUGAAACGGCGAGGAUGCUGCAGACAACAUGAGGUGAAUAUCAUCGGCCGCCCUAAAUUGGAAGUUCUGUUUUUUUUUCUUCUUCCACCCGCUCUGAAGUCUGUGGAGCUUCAUGCCGCAGCUGGUUGUUCACCAGUGUGUCCAGCAGGAGCUUCAACUCGCAGCAGAUAUGAAGAUGUCUGCAGUCAGAUCCUAGGUGACAUCCUGUGGCCGUCAGGUCUUUACGCUGUUGAGCCCCCUCCCUCUCCUGGUCCCUGCCUGCAGUUCUCCAGGCUGCAGGACCCAGAUUCCCUGAAAAGUGCAGGCCCCCUCCCCCUGCAGAAUGACUGUUGCCACAGGCGACCCCUCUGAUGAAGCGGCGGCUCACCCGGGCCACCCGCAGGAGUACGACCCGGAGGCCGACCAUGACUGCUGUGAGAGGGUGGUCAUCAACAUCUCAGGGCUGCGCUUUGAGACUCAACUCAAAACUCUCUCCCAAUUCCCAGAGACUCUGCUGGGGGACCCCAAAAAGAGGAUGCGCUACUUUGACCCGCUGAGGAACGAGUACUUUUUCGACAGGAACAGACCCAGCUUUGACGCCAUAUUGUAUUAUUACCAAUCAGGGGGCCGACUAAGAAGGCCGGUCAAUGUCACCCUUGAUAUUUUCUCAGAGGAGAUCCGUUUCUAUGAGCUGGGUGAUGAGGCCAUCGAGAUUUUCAGAGAAGACGAGGGUUUCAUCAAGGAGGAGGAGCGUCCUCUCCCUGAUAAUGAGUUUCAGAGACAGGUGUGGCUGCUGUUCGAGUACCCAGAGAGCUCAGGUCCUGCUAGGAUUAUCGCCAUAAUCUCUGUUAUGGUCAUCCUCAUAUCUAUUGUCAGUUUCUGCCUGGAGACCCUCCCCAUUUUUCGCAACGACGACGACGACAUGCACAAGUCUUCAAAGGUUUUUUCACCUGAGACCAACACCACAAUCAUCACUUACACAAAUGCCUACUUUACUGACCCUUUCUUCAUCCUGGAGACUCUCUGCAUUAUAUGGUUCUCCUUUGAGUUUCUGGUGCGCUUCUUCGCCUGCCCAAGCAAAGCAGGCUUUUUUGGAAACAUAAUGAACAUUAUUGAUAUCGUUGCUAUCAUCCCGUACUUCAUCACACUGGGCACAGAGCUCGCAGAUCGACCAGAUGAUGGUCAAGCGGGUCAGCAAGCCAUGUCUUUAGCCAUCCUCAGGGUCAUCCGCUUGGUACGAGUCUUCAGAAUUUUUAAGCUCUCUCGUCACUCUAAGGGUCUUCAGAUUCUUGGUCAGACCCUCAAAGCCAGUAUGAGAGAGUUGGGCCUGCUUAUUUUCUUCCUGUUCAUAGGAGUCAUCCUCUUCUCGAGCGCAGUCUACUUUGCAGAAGCAGACGAGCCGGAGUCGCAGUUCGAAAGCAUCCCAGAUGCGUUUUGGUGGGCUGUGGUGUCCAUGACAACAGUUGGCUAUGGUGACAUGGUCCCCACCACGAUUGGCGGCAAGAUCGUUGGAUCCCUCUGUGCCAUCGCAGGUGUGCUGACCAUCGCCCUGCCCGUGCCCGUCAUCGUGUCCAACUUCAACUAUUUCUACCACCGUGAGACGGAAGGCGAGGAGCAGGCGCAGUACCUGCAGGUCAACGUCGCAAAAACGGACUCAGCCGAGGAGCUGAAGAAGAGCCGGAGCGGCUCCUCCAUUAGCAAAUCGGACUAUAUGGAAAUUCAGGAGGCUGUGAACAACAGCAAUGAGGACUUUCAGGAGGAGAACCUUAAGACGGCCAACUGCACGCUGGCCAACACAAACUAUGUAAACAUCACUAAAAUGCUCACAGACGUGUAGCUGCCAUCUGCUUCUUUCCUCCAUGUCACCGCGGGACAUGUGGAGCUGAGCAACUGGAUGGGACUGGUGUGUAGCCUCCCACCACACGCGUGCUGGAAAAAAACCAAGGCAAUAGAAUUCAGGACGCUGAUGAUGUGAGACGAAAGACCCCUAUAGUGAAAGAAUAUUGCAAAAGACCAUCCGCUCACUCUGCUCUCAUCCUCAUCACUCGUCCCUGAAACUCCUAAUAACUGUCAAACAAAGUGAAAUUUAAAAUUUUACAUUUCUGCAUGGAGUUGGCUCCUUCUGUGUGGCUGAUAUUUAACAAAAAAAUAUGCUAAAAAGUCCCUGCUCACAACAGUAGCCAACAGUAGUGCACAAAAAGAAAAGGAAAAAAAGGGAGAAACAAUGCAAGAAAAAAAAAAAACGUAUUGCAUUUAAAAAGAUAAAAAAGCAACACAACAUAGACCUUGCUUUAUCCCUUUUUCCCACAAUCCCUCAUUCUCUGCCAUGUGCUUUCUGAAGAGUCGUACCGCGCUCCAUAUGCUGCUUCCUGGAGCCAAUGAAACAAAAACUGUCUUAUGCUACAAGGUUUAGAAAUAAGAGUCCGUGCGAGGAUAAAGCGAGCCCACUCCUGUGCUGACCCGGCCUGUGGGUGACUUGUGACGAGGUUGGUGGUGAAGUACACCACGUUAUUUCAAGGAUGAAUGACAGCCAUCGGCGAUAUACGCUUAUGGUUCGACGCCUUUUUUUUCCCAGCAGGCAUCAGUAUCUGAUGAAUGACUGAGAAUGGCCUUGACUUUUUUCACUGCUUUGGUCUUACAUGUACUGUAUGUAUUUGCAAUGCAAGCUUCCCCCAUUCAUUCACCCAAAACUGGUCUUACUGCAGAGCUUUGAGGACAACUUGAAUGUCUUGUUUGGUUUGUUUUUCACGGUUUUUCACACUCACGGAGUACUUAUUCAUAUAGAUAAGUAGGUUAACUGUGAUUUAACUGAUAGCCAGUAGGUAGGUGCUGUUAGUAGUAGUCCGUAGAUAAGUGCAUGACAUUUUUAAUCUGAAUGAUAAUUUCCACUCGUUUCUCGACUGCCACUUGCUUCUUCACACCACUGUAUAUUUGUCUGUACACUGCCUUCUACACAGAUUCUCACUUUUAAAAAAGGAUGCCUACAGGUAGCUGUUGCAAGAACCUAAAGCUGUACGUUAGAAUAUAUCUUAAGGAAUAAAUCAAUAUUAACAUUCCAUGUAGGCAACAUCUGCCGUUAAAAGUUUUGCCAGGUCGCUGUAGACGUCUCGCCGCUGAGCUGUGACUCACACUCUAGUUUUGGACCUUACCCCAGCUGCCGAUGGGACAGACUCGCAGCACUCUCUUUUUUUUUUCUAACAGGUUUGUCACAUAAUCACGUCCUCAUCAUCGAAAAUAGCAACUUUCAAGGACUCUUAUAUAUGGAAUAUUGCUUCCCCCUGACCUGCCUUUUUAUCUGGGUUUACGCUACUCUCCUAGUGUUGCAUGACUCAAAAAACAUUCAUAGAAGCAUGAAUUUAAGCUUAAAGAAGCCUCUGAGACUACAAAUUAUUACAGUAGAUAUUUAUUUAAAAUAUAUAUAUUAAAAAUAUAUGUAUACAGACAGUACACAUAUCCAAUACACUGUUAUCAAAAGAAUUAAUAAACCUUAAAAAAGCUAUAUUUAAGAGAAAGCAAGCUUUUCAAAAAAAAAGAACGCAGAUCAUUGCCAUGUUUUUAUUUUGAAUGGCCUAAUCUUAGCUCCGAGCACUGUCUCUAUGUUCUCCUGUUUAAGACCCUGUUCAGAGGGCCAAAGACACUCUUACUCGCCCUUUCUAUGAUUGUUCCAAUGUCGAUACCAUUGUGGUGUCAGCAAAGACACAGAUGAAAAUGUGGCUUUUGGUAGGGGCCAACAAUGCGUGGAUUGGAUACCAUUAUCCAUUAGCGAUUUAAAUAAUCAACUGAUUUCCGACCAAUCAUCAAGUGACUACACCAAACAACAACAUUGCUGUGAUAGCAGAGAGUCAACGUUAAAUCCACCAAAAUGCUAAUGCGCACAUUUUUGUAUUGUUCUAGUAUCGGAUGGUAACUCUGUAUCUGAGAUUUCUCAUGUAUCAGGAAGGAAGACAUGGUAUUGGUCAAUCUAUAACUCUACAAAAUACAUUUUAUCAAGCGUCAAGUCUUUCCGUACAUGUCAACACAUCCUGGAUUAAAACACACAAAGUCCAAAACUGCCUGCUGUGAAGUAUCUUCUGAAAGGCAGGGCGUUGUUCAAACCUGUUUCGUCCCUUUUUCAAGAGUGUAGUGUCAGAAGGCUUUUUAUUGUUGUAAAAUUGGUCAGAAUUCAAAUGGAGUCUGGUUGGAGGAAGCUCAAUCUGUCUUUAAACGUUGGCUUUAAAGUUGAAUUGGGUUGGGAUUCUAGGAUUGUGUCCAGCUGAGACUUUCCACUGUUCGCUCAACACUGCCAAGGUAACAGUCAAAGGCAGUAAUGUCAAUAUGGGAAGUGAUAAUUAGCAGCAGUGUAGCAGAUAUUGGCUAACCUAUGGGGGUCCUGUGAUUUUCACUCGGGAGUAUUUUGCCUUUCUGCAUCUCUUCACAGAUGUCUGAGUAAAGAGGUGACGGGUUAGGAGGAGGAAGUCAGUAGCAGGAACUGUCUAAAUGAUUUCUGUCAUGUCAGGAUGUACAUCGUUAUUCUUAGGGUCUCGUUCUGCUCACUACAGUCUACGGCCUGCAGUAGCAAAAUGUCUUUACGCCAUCGCUGCCAAUAUGUGCUCAGGAUGCCUCGUCACACUGCCUGACGUGAGGCUUCUGAAGUCGUCUCUCUGUCCAGAUCUGUCUGCUUUCAUGUACCUUGGAAGGAUUUUUUUAAAGAGAACUUUAGUAAAUAACCUGGAUGUGUUGCUCUCCGUAGAGAAGCACAGAGGUGGAUUAAGAUGUUUAAAUGGUCUGUAACUCGAGGCAGGACCAGAUUUAAAUACUUGUUUAGCAAUAUUCCCAUAAUCCUUUAGUGGAGGGUCCUGUGUGGAGAAGGUGGAUGAUUGUUGUUUAAAAAAAGAAAAGAAUGAACCUUAACGGACCUUCGCAGUCCAACCACGCUCUUAUUGAUCAUCAGUCAAGUAUUGACGUGGGUGUGUUGAUGUGAAACUGUGUGCAUGAGGGAGAACUUAGUGUGUUUGUAUGAGAGAAAGGAGAACCACUGAAUGUCAGUGUCUUAGCCUGCUUGUACAGCUGCAUAUGCAACGUUCAUUUGCAUAUUUGUAUAUGUGAAAAAAACACACACACUCACAGUCUGACCAAAAAUAUUUGUCUAUGCAUGCAGAUGCAUUGUACUGUUUCCAUUACAUUCUUUUUGGACGGAUAUUUACGAUGAACGUUGUAGAUUCAUGCAACGUUCAUCGGUUAUGAUUGAGAUCAGGCACGUUACUGUACCUCAGCCAAAUUCACUGUAGCAACUCAUGAAUUCAUCUUGUCACGGUUACUUCUGCUUAAAGCACAAAGACGAGUAGAAUCAUCUUCAACUGUAACGUUGCAAAUUUAAUCUGUAAAAAAAAAAAAAGUCAAUUCUAAUGAUGUUGCAUUGUUUAAUAACAUUAAAGAAUCAUCUCUCACCUGCUGAGGGGACCCACCAGCAAAUCCACUCCAUGGGAAAGGAGCCCAAACAGUGAAUUCACUGAGAAAUCUAUGCAGAGAAUGAUUAUUUGCUGGUUGUCAAGAAGGUUUGAAUAAUGAUUUUUUUUUUCUUUCUUUUUUUCUUUUUGUUUUGGCACUUAAAGAGAGCUGGCGAUGCAUUUGAAGACCGACCUUUAAGCAGACUUUGCAAUGUUCUGCUGCUGUACGCGAGCUGAAUGUGAAUAUGAGCCGUCUGAGCUUUGGGUUGGUUUGAACUGCGGUGUCAGCGCUUUGAAACCAGGCUCCUACAUUAAAACACACAUACGGGAAUCAAGAUGAUCAAUAUGCAAUCUGUAUGCAUGUGUGUUUGAGAACGGAAGGUUUUUCUUUUUCCGUUUGACCCCAGAGCCUGAUUGUGUGGCAUUCACUGACACCAUAUGUAGAGUCAUUCACCUCCCCGUGUUUUCAUAGAGGCCUGAAAUCAUCCAUCAUCGUUGGUACAGUGGAUUCUGGAUUUUCUUUCUAUGAAAUGAAAUGUGAGAGAAUAAUGUAAAUACAAACCAAUGGAUGAUGGAGAAAAAAACAUGUACUAUAUACUGUAUGUGAAGUCUGGAUUUAAAAACGUAGUAUUAUCUGCACUUUACAAGUCAAAAAGGACAAUCUAUGGACAAGAAAAACAUGUGAAAUUAAAACUGCAUAUUAUCCUUCCAAAUGAUCAUAACCCUGACGAAGUAAUAUCAAUAAUGAAGCCAAUAAUAAUUCAACUGAAA